ACCGAGUCCCUCUAAGCGUAAUUUUCAUUUCCCUGUCGGCUCAAGAAUUAAUGGAUAAAAGUACGUAAAACUGGUAGAAUUUUCCACAGGAACUGAAGCAGCAAUAUGCAAUCAAAGGAUAUAGUAAGCACGUUAAAGAAGUUCGACGCAUACCCCAAGACGCUCGAAGAUUUUCGAGUGAAAACUUUCGGUGGAGCGGCAGGUACGCUAUGAAGCUUGUAACUUUAAAUAGGAUUUAGUUGAGGUAAAAUUAGUUACAUACUGCCGCUAAGUGAAAGACAAAUGAUAUGUGUUUUAAUCUAGUUGGGUUAUUGAAAUCAUCAAAAUAGCUGGUAGUUAAAAUGUAAACUAUUUUAUGUGUAUGUGUGGGAAAACCUUUGCAAAGUUAGUUAUGCACUUUGUUACGUGGCGAUUUCUACGGUAACCAUGAAGGAUGCAUGUGUAAUCAUUUUAUGAUAACCGUAAAAAUAUAAUGUUUAUAUGGCUAGCCAGUGUUCAGGAUCUUAAAUCAAGUCUAUAAGCCACUUUUAGGCAGUAAUUAGUUACAAACGUGUCGAUUGACUGACCCAUCCGACGGUCAGGUUUUCUGACAGUUGGUUUAUCCAAUCAAAUGCGUCCAUGUGUUUAGGGGGCCUGAAAUAAUUAUCUACAUCAAUACAACAACAACCUCCUAGAUAGUGGAGAUAUAUAGAAAAAAGAGCCAGGAGUCCUGCAUAUUAAACUUGAAUUUAAGGCCUUUACAUAAUAAUUCCUAUGUUAUGUUUUAAAUAUUGUCUAGUAUUACCACAAAGUAUGCUCUGGGUUGGUGCUUGUGGUAGUGUAAAACCUCUUUCUGUGUCCUCUGGUUUCUGCCCUCCACGAAAACCAACAUCCAAAUUUCAGUUUGACCUGGAAACAGUGGACUAGUAGAGCUAUGCUGUGGAAUGUCCCCUGCUAAAUUACCGUUAUUAUUAUUAUUUUUAUUUUUAUUUUUACAUUUCUCUUUGGAUUCCUCCUCAGUGACAUUGGUUAGUGGAUUGCUGAUGUUCCUUCUGUUUGUAUCAGAAUUAAGUUUUUACUUAUCAACAGAGGUAAGAGAUUUAUUAAUGACAGAAUAUUUUAUAUUAAGUUACUUAUGGCUUUAAAUGUAAGAAAUUUCCUUUUCUAAGUCUUUUCUGAACCAAACUUUUAAGUUUUUUUUAAGCCAAAAAUGUGAUUCCAUCAACUGACAAAUUUUUUAAAUAAUUAAUUUGCAGGUUACACCAGAACUAUAUGUUGAUACUGCCCGUGGAGAAAAGCUUAGAAUUAAUGUAGAUAUCAUUUUCUCAAAAUUACCUUGUGUUUGUAAGUACUUUUUUCAGUUUUCAUUUUGUUGUAGACAACUGACAUAUAGGAUAAAAAAGUAUAAUAUUUUUUUAAAAGGGAUGAUUUUCUAAAGAAGCUGUGAAGCUACAUCCCAAGGGAUGUUUAGAGUUAAUUUGGUUUUAUCAACUGUAAAUUGUCACCGUAAUAAGGUUUUAAAACUGACAUUUUGAACAUUCGCCCAUCGUCAGAGCAUUGACAAAGGACUAAUACUUGAAUUGUUGGGAAUAACAUUUAUAUGGUGUGCACCAGAUAUAGCUGAAGUCAAAAUUUAACCAGUGAUUUUGACUUGCAUUUGGAUACUUUUCACAGUCUUCCCACUCUUGAUCCACCAAUGGGGGUUAGGGGAAGUGUAUGGAAGUAUUGAACGAAAUACCUACCUAGGGAAUAAGGCUUUAAAGUUAAUAACCUGUGGUCAGAUUUUAUUCAUGGGGGAGAACACACAAUUCAGUGGCAGUACACUGUGUUCUCCUCUAAGAGAAGACUUGAUCAUGAUGGCUGGAUAGGAAAUGUACAAGGAUCAGCAAUAUGUGUAUCAAGUACAGUAAAGGCCUUGUUCAAAACUGUGAUCAAGUUAUGAUAACCUAUGAAUUAAAAGACUUUUUUCUGUCUUUCAGAACAAAAACUAGCCAACUUUAAAAACUGCACCAGUAUGUGAAACUUAUUCAUGUCUAAUUGUAUUUCAGAUUUAAGUAUAGAUGCCAUGGAUGUAUCUGGUGAACAACAGGUAUUGUGUGAAUUGAUUUGAAAACUGUACUAAAAUUAAUGAACACUUUAAUCCCCUAAGAAUGACUAGCAUCUGAUUUCCCCCUAGGAUAUUAUUCCUGAAUCAAAGGCUAAGGUCACAAGAAUAACAGAAAGGAUCACUGACCAUACAAACUCUUAUCUGUUUUACAAAUUCUCCUUGUCAGCACCUUAGGAAAUGUAUAGAGAACAGUAUGGAGAAUAUGCAUACUGAUGUUAGGGUGUGAAAGGUUAAUUAUAUGUCAUUUACAUCUUUGAUAUUUUAGAGCAGUGGUGUAAUGUAAUAGUUAUCUAUUUUGCACACAGAUUGAUGUAAUGCAUAGUAUAUUUAAAACAAGAGUGGAUUUGGAUGGAAAACCUAUAGAUGAAAAUGCAGAAAAAGGAGGUUGGUAAAUAAAUUUGCAUCAAAAUGUAGUACAACUUUUUUUCUGUAAAAUUAACAAUUUUUAGUUUGAUCUAUAUGAAUAUACAUUAAUCAAUCUAUUUUUUCUCUCUCCUAAACAGAUCUAGGUGAUAAGAGCCACGAGGCCAAAGAGUUACUUGAGGUGAGUUAACCCUUUAACUCCCAUGAGUGACCAAGAUGUAAUUUCUCCUUACCAAAUCAAUACAACAGCAAACAGACAAGUGUUGAGAAUAAAGAAAAAUAAUUAUCAGUUAGGGGAUCUGAUCUGAAAAGUUUUUUUUGUUCUUGUAACAUCACAGUUGGGUUCUUACACAUGUAAUCCUAGAGGAAGUGAAACUCCAGACUGUUGUUUAAUUCACCACAGAUCUGAUCUGGAAAGUUUUUUUUGUUCUUAUAACAUCACAGUUGGGUUCUUACACAUGUAAUGUUAGAGGAAGUGAAACUCCAGACUGUUGCUUAAUUCACCACAUGAUUAUUUCCUUUACAGCUUGAUCCCAACAGAUGUGAAUCUUGUUAUGGUGCAGAGACAGCUGGAAAGACUUGCUGUAAUACAUGCGAAGAUGUGAGGGAAGCCUACAGAAGGAAAGGAUGGGCGUUAUCAGAAAUAGACAACAUCAAACAGGUAAUGUCUCAAAACGAAACAUUCCCAGCUUGAGUCCUUUUGUUCCUUAAGCCUUUUAUGUUUUUAAUCUGUAAUCUUUUCUCUUAUUUUUAGUCAUUUUUUAUGCAACAGUAUUAAAACUGCAAUUCCUGAACCUUUUAACUUCAGUGUCUCAGGGAAGGUUGGAAAGACAAACUUCAGGAGCAGAAAAAUGAAGGCUGUUUAGUGACUGGUCAUCUGGAAGUUAACAAGGUUUGUUAUGAAAUUUAAUUGAAUAAGAAGUUGGAGUAUUUCUUUCCACACAAUGUUAUACAAAUUUCCUUUCAUUGUCCAGAAAUGCUGUUCAUUCAGUAUUGCUCAGGUUGUUGUAAUUUCAACUGUCAUAGGUGGCUGGGAACUUUCACUUUGCCCCUGGAAAAAGUUUUCAACAACAUCAUGUUCAUGGUAGGGUGAACUGAAAGGAUUAUCUGUCAUUUUUUUUUAAUUUCUAAACUGAGCUGAACUGAACUGAAACUGUACCUAACUCUGGAAGCUAUCACUACUGGUAAAUCAUUUAUAAAAAAACAAAUGGAUGAAUGAGUAAAGAAAUGAAAUAAAAAAAUAAGUGGAUAAAUAAAAUGCAUAAAUUAAUAAAUGUAAAUGAGAAAUCAGGAUAAAAAUGAAUGGGUCAUAACAGCACAAAGUUAAUUACAAAUAAGAUAUAAAUGAAAUUUUGGUUAACAGGAUAAAUCUUUUGUUAAAAGGGGUCAAUUUAAUCCCUAAACUAUCAAGAUCUGAAAGGCAAUUCUCUCAAAAGAAGACAACAAAUUUCUAUGUCAGUGUCCCUUGAUCGACUCAUACAUUUAAUCACCUAUUUGUUUGAUAUUGCACCAAAACUGCAAAGACAUUUUAAGAACUGAUCAAGGUGUGGAAAGUUGUUCAUUUUUUUGUGAUUCUCAUCGUUUUGAUCCUGAAGGAUCAGCUAGAGUUUCAUUGGCAGCUAUGAAGCUGCAAAAAUCUUAGCAAAUAGCAUGACAUAGGAAUUUGACCUACAUACUAAAGUCAAAGUUCACAAAAUUUUUUUGCUAUGGAAAACUAAAAUGUACAUGGUAUGCUCAGUCUGAGCAGAGAGGUGCAUGAUUAAUUUAAAACUUGCGUUUUCUUGAUACAGUAGCUUGAGGGGCUUAGAAUAAUUGUCUCUAACAAUGAAGUCAUUGGCACACGAUUUACUCUGAGGGUAAAAAAAAACCUGGCUUGUGGGGUAGUUGAGUUUGUAGCCAUGCAAAAGAACUUUUCUUUUUUUGUUACUUUGUUUAAAGAACAAAAUGUAACCACAAUUAGAGUUCAACUGGCAGUUACAAUGGUGUCUUUGAAGUUCAGGCCAAGAUGUAGAUACUGCAGACUUUGUUCUCCCUGCUUAAUGCAUACAAUAUUACAUGUAUUUGCUAACAUCAACUCAUUUGAUUCUGUUAAUGACAGCAAAUGUUAUUGUCUCUAAUGGGAAGUGCUAAUUGUGUGUUAGGUAAAUUUGCAUUGUUUGGAUACCAGUUCAAAAUUAUGUCACUGUUCCCUUGAAUUUUGGAAGAGCUCUUUGUAUCUACAUGUAUGCUUUGUCAAAUGUGUAGAAUAAAUUUAAUCAGGGUUAUUUCACUUAAACCUUGACCAUACACACAAUUGCUUCUGUACUGCACUGUGCUGUAUUGUACAUGCUUGUGGUAAAUUCACAUUCAACUUACUAUUCUCUUCUAGAAUUUAAACAACACAUUAGAAUUUAUUUAAUUUAAUGCAUCUAAACCUUUAAAAAUUAAAAUGUUACUGCUGAGUACAAAAUCAGUGAACACAUUUAAAACACCAUUAAAUAACGUUUGUUAAUUUUUUUAAAUCAGUUACACUCCAAUCAAUAAAUUGAUCUGAGUGAUUCUUGUACUUAACACUAUUCAUUGCCUCAUUAACACACCUCUCACACACCCUUUUGCACUUUGCAGUCUCCAUUCUCAAGUUAAGCUCAGGGGGAAAUGUUAUUAAACUGAAUAGUAAGUAAAAGGCUGUUAUAUCGUGCUAAACUGGAGUGCAAGGCAGUCAUUUCUUGCCAGACAGUCAUUUACAUGGAGUGAUUUAGACUGUAGACAAAUUGAAUUCCUCCUCAUGGGCUUUUCAUGCAAGCAUAGGCAUCAGCAUAACAUUGACACAUAUAGUAUUGCACUAUGGUGAAGGGGCUGUCUUUUGCUGCAUAGAAAUGAAUGCACUGCACACCUCACACUUCUGCUGUCCAAGAGCUCUAUACUGAUAAACUAAAUGCCUUUAGAUACUUUAAAAGUUGAAUUAUAAUAUGAUAAAUUAGGUACCUAUGUUCUAAAAUUUACAUAUAAACUAUAACUUGAGGCAUAUAUAACUGAGAAAAUGCUGUCUAACUUAAAACCAUGAAAGUUUACUUUUUGUUAAAACUUUAACUUGGUUGCGAAAUCGGAAAUACAAAGAUAUAUUUACAAUACUGAUACAUAAUGUAAUUGUAGUAUAACAAAUUCAAGGAUAAUUUACAGAAUCAUUGUUAGACAUUUUCUGCUCAGACUGGGUGUACCUUUUCAACCAAAAUAAAUUGAAAUAAAUGGACAGAAAGUACUUCUGUAGUUAUUUUGAAGAUUUACAGAGUUGUAAGUAGAAAAAAAAAGAGAAAAAAAGAAGGGAAAGGAACUAAAAGAUUUAGCUUAUGUUUAUAAUACCCAAUAAAGUUUCACAUUUAUAUGCCUUGUUUCAUUGAUUUACUUGAGGCUUAAGCUCAGAAACGUUUUUGGAAAGUUGAACAUUAUGAAAACUUCAUUUUAAGUUCCCUAAAUAGGGAGCUACUUAAUCUCUUAUUUUUUUUACAAUAUUUAGUGAUCAUGCAUAGUUAUGUUUAUCAGAGCGCAUUUUAUGUCUUUCAUUACACGUUUCACCCUACAGACAAGGAUUUCAUAGAUUACUUAGCUCAAACAGUUAUGCUGAAUGACUUGUUCUUACAUAUAUUAACACUAUUUUUUUUAUUAUUUUCAUCAGUGCAUGAUUUACAGCCAUUUGGAUCCACUCAGGUAUGUUUUGUACGGUAGACAUCUAUUGAAAAUCUUAAGUUUCAUGUUAGUUAAUUUAGACUUGGUCAUAAAGAGAAGAAGAAAGUUUUGUGUUACCUGUUCAUAGAAACAGGUCUUCUUCCUAUAGAUUCACAUAAAAUCAAAAUCUUUUGUUUUCAUUUCAGUUUAAUCUAUCUCAUCAUAUUCGCCACCUUUCAUUUGGCCAUGAAUAUCCUGGAAUAAAACAUCCCUUAGAUGAUACAUAUAUUUCUGCAGAAGACGGUAAGUUUGCUGUAAAUAUUUCUCCUCCUUUUCUUUAUUAUUUAUUAAAAUUAUCUCGUACAAUUCAUUUUAUGUUAAGGUAAAUGCUUCUUCUACACCUUGCCUAUCUUUUGUUGCUAAUGCAUAGCCUUUUAAAUGAUAUUUAAAAGGUUUAUCUAACUAUUAACAUAUUUUUCUACCUGUUUCAUUGUUCAUGGCUGUAGCUGGAAGCAUGUACCAGUAUUUUGUGAAGAUUGUCCCAACAAUGUAUCGGAAGUUAAAUGGCGAGGUGAGAGUAACAGACUUACCCACCUCAAACCAAUAAGAGCAAAAUUAGUCUUAAACAGUUUUUGAUCAGAGAUAAAAAAAAAAAAAAUUAACACAAGAGUGACUUAUUAGAGAGGCAGCUCAAUAGAUUGUUUUAGUACCAGUCAACGUCUUAAUUACAAAGGAGAUAGGAGAAAGGUUCCUUCACUGUAGUUAUAUUUUCUUUAAUUUCAUUGUCUAUCUACUGGGAAAUGCUUGUUGAUAUUGUAAGCUACUUGUAUCUUGAGUCUUUGAAUAUUUUUUUUGUUUCUUCUAUGGGAUGCCUAUGCAGGUUGUAAGAACUAACCAGUUCUCAGUCACUAAGCACAAGAGAGUGAUAAGACAGGUGUCUGGUGAACAUGGUCUUCCAGGUAUAGUUUAAAUCUGUGUUCCACUUAGUUUUGCAGCCAGUUUAAAGUCAAAGUUUUCUUUCGCAAAAAUUUGGGAAGGGAAGGGGGAAGGUGUUCUCAUGAUUGCCCAGCAAUUCUUUCAGGGGUGGCAAUACUCCUAGUCACUUUUCGUUGUAGAGACUGGGGUUAGCUUUAGGGAUAAUAGGGUCCAAAAACAGUUGUACCCAACUUUUUCUGUUGCUUCUCUUCAUAGGUGUUUUUGUUUUAUAUGAAUUCUCUCCGAUGGUGGUCCAGUACACAGAGAGCAGAAGGUAAGGCCGCAAAUUGUUGGAUUAUAUAGUUGUUCUGUAGUGUUACACCCAUGUGUUAAAUUUCUCUAAGUCAAACUUCUACCCUCAAAAGACUUUUUUGGUGUCAUUGUCCUUGACCUCCUUGUUUGCUUAACUGGGAUUUAGGGUAUUUCUUGUUUGUUAGUCUUGCUAUUUUUAGUAGAAAUUGUAUUUAAAUUAUGGGUGACAGUGCUAGUUUCACACAGAAAGUUUCCUGAGAUUGACUGCCUUGUUUAUUAACUGUGUCUGGGUGUUUUUUUAUACAUGUGCUUUUGUUUGUGAAGCAAUUCUAUGAUUUAUCUUUUCUCUCCCAUUACCUUCAGAUCCUUCAUGCAUUUUCUGACUGGAGUCUGUGCUAUAGUUGGUGGUAUUUUUACAGGUAUGGAGUUAGUGAAAUAUCCAAACCUUUCCUAGUUAGAUACUGUUGUACUACCAUGUAACAAACACUUUAAAAAUAAUAAUUAUAAUAAUAAUAAUAAUAUUAAUAAUAAUACUAAUAAUGCCAAAGAUAGUAAUAGUUAUAAUAUAGCAUCAUUUUUAUUAUUAUCAGUACAAUUAAAUGCUAGUUUUUAAAUUUGAUUCAUAGAGGAUUUUAAUCAAUUAAAAUAAUCUAUAAAUGAUGGUGAUAAGUAAUAAUGCUGAUAAUAGCAAUAACAGUGAUGACAUAUAAUUUAGUAGUACUGUCAUUAAUAAUAUUAAUAACAAAUAAAUUGAUGAUAAUAAUAGUAAUAAUGGUGCACAAUUGAGCAAAAUACAAAUGUAAAUUAAUGAUGAUAACAAUUAAAAUAAUAAUAAUAAUAAUAAUAAUAAUAAUAACAAUAAUGAUGAUGAUGAUGAUGUUAUUAUUCCUGUUUAUUUUUCCUUUCUGAUCUCACAUUCCUAUCUAUUCACAGUUGCUGGACUUGUGGACUCUAUGAUUUACCAUUCAGCUCGAGCAUUGCAAAAGAAAAUUGACCUAGGGAAAGCAAGCUAACGUAUUUUGGAGAAUGGUUGUCAUGUGACCCAAUCUGAUGCAGCAGUGUUAGGCGAAAAUAGACUUUGGGUGACAUAACGGCGAGCUGUACAAACUUUCAUCCACCACCCAGAACAUUUUGGAAAUUUCAAGGCAGUAGAAUUAGAAAUUAUCUCUAGGGACCAGUUUUUAUAUGGAUUUGUAAUAAUAAUCAACAAUAUUGUAGUCUUUUAACUCUUUAUCUACUAGAAAUGAUUAAAAUGUAACUUCCCUCUGCAAUAUCCAAACAUUAUCCAGCAAAUCAAUAACAAGAAUUCUCAUCUUAACAGAUAGUUGGUAUCUUGAUAUAAUACUAAAUUCUUGUAAGUAAGUUACAAGGGAAUGUAUAAUAGCUAGAGGAGAGAGUUAACAGUAAGAUCUUAAGAGUUCAAGGGUUUUAAACGAAAACAAUAUACUACUGGAUCACACUGAAUUACAAGUGUGUGCCACCUUAAAAAAAACCAACCAUAAUUAAUUUAUGAAGCUGUAUUACUUUUCUUAUUUUCGGGGUAUUAGUCAGGGACAAAUGACGAAAUGCCAUUUGGAUGCCCAUCACCUAAUGAUUGAUAGGCUGUCUUCAAUACAUUGUCGCUACAGACUGAAAAUAUUAUUUGAAUGUGCUGAUUUUGAUCGAUGUAAAUCGUUAACGGCAGUUGUGGUUGGUGGUUUCGAUGAUUUUUAUUUAAUUGAAUUGCAUAUAUCAUUUCUUGUGUAUUGACAUUUGAAAUCUAGAAAUCACUAUGAGGUUUAGUACAAUAGUUCAAAAUUGCAAAUCAUAAAAAGAGGCCUGAAAAAUUUGGUUUGUUGCCGCUGAGUGAAAAACUGGAACUUGUAAUUGAGUGAAGAUUAUCCUUGUGUCAUUAUAAAAAAGUUUUUUAAACAUUAGUCUUUCUUGUUGUGACUUGGAAAAUCUUUGAUCCAUUGGAGCCACAUUCAGUGUCGAAAGUAACCCUGGAAUGGAUAGGUUUUGCUUUACCUCUUUCGCUCGCCUCUUUCUCAACCAAUCAGAUGCAAAACUAAAACCAAUCACGACUUGGCCGCGCGUGUUUUCCCGCCCUUCUGGUAGUUUCGUUGUUUUUACCUUGAGUUGUCAUUGGCUCUUCUGUGUAUUUUCCUUUUUUCUGAUUGGUCGUAGUGAUAACUUUGGCUUUAGUUUUACGACACUCAUUCAUUAGCAUCCAGCUAUCAAACCAGUGUGAGAAUAAAGAGGUAAGCUUAAAACUGUUUACUUUAGGUGGCAGAACCUUUCAAAAUAUGUUGUGAAUUCCAUUUUGUUUAAUGCGUAGACCUGGAAAGAACUUAACCGUCCCUGAUCCUAACCAGAAAGGGACAGAUACAUCCUUUAGUGGAGGACUAGGUAAAGUGUUUGAAGAAGUGUCCUUGCU